AAUAGACUUAACAGUUCGGCCUACAAAGUUAGCCUUAAUUUCAUAUUGCAUUUGGUGGAAAAUGAUUGGUCCGCUCAAAUAUCCGAGGUUAAGCAUCAACACGUCCAACGUCACACCUAGUAAGUAGUAAGUAUCAUACAGUCAUUCAUACUCCCAACCUUCCACAACAUAAAGAUCAACAUACAAAAUGAUCCUCCGACGCACACCCUUCAGACCUCUCACACAAACUCUUCUACAAAGUAGAGCCAACCUCUCAACCCGCACCAACCCUCAAAAAUCUCUCCCUGCGGCCUACUACCGCGGCGGAACUUCCCGAGCUGUGAUCUUCAAAAAGGAAGACCUCCCAACGGACCGCUCGGCAUGGGAUGAGAUUUUCCGCCGCGUAAUCGGCAGUCCGGACCCUAAUGGCCGGCAACUUGACGGGCUCGGCGGCGGCAUAUCAAGCCUAUCCAAGAUAUGCGUAGUGGGCAAAUCAACGACCCCGGAUGUCGACAUCGACUAUACAUUCGUCUCUCUGGGCGUCAAGAACACGCAUGUCGACUACUCCAGUAACUGUGGAAACAUGAUUAGUGCAAUUGGACCCUUCGCGGUUGAUUCGAGACUCUUCCCCGUGAACUCCGAUGGACAUGAGGAUGUCGAACUACGCAUAUUGAACACCAACACAGGGAAAGUCAUCCGAUCCCGAUUCCCCGUGGUAGAAGGCGAGGCCGUAGCAUCAGGUGAUUUCGCCAUCGACGGUGUUGCUGGGACGGCAUCAAAGAUCCAAUUAGAUUUCCUGGAUCCCGCCGGGUCGAAGACAGGGAAGCUAUUCCCUACGGAGAAGUUAGUUGAUGAGUUUGACGGUGUACGCACGACAUGUAUUGACGUGAGUAACCCUUGUUGCUUCGUUCUUGCAUCCGAGCUAGGUGUGGAGGGGAAUAUCACGCCCGAGGAAAUCGACACACAUCCCACGCUCUUGGGUCGAUUGGAUUCCAUCCGCAGACAGGCUGGUGUUGCCAUGGGUCUUGCUGAGACGGCCGAGUCCGUGCCCGGGAGUGUACCUAAGAUUGGACUUGUUGCUUCUCCAGCGUCGAAUGCGCGGGCGUCGGAGCAGGAACAGACUGAGGCCGAUGUGGAUUUGCUGGUUCGGGCGUUGUCGGUGGGUCAGCCGCAUAAGGCGGUGCCUAUUACUGUUGCUUUGGCAUUGGCUACUGCUGCUAGGGUGUCGGGGAGUGUUGUGGCCGGGGUGGCGAGUGGGAAGUUGGUUGAUCCGGCGGGGAUUACGCUCGGCCAUGCUAGUGGAAAGUUGGUUGUUGGGGCUGAGUUUGCGGCGGAUGGGAGUUUGAGCCAUGCGACUGUUUUUAGGACAGCGAGGAGGUUGAUGGAGGGGAGGGUGUUUUGGAAGAGUUAGGGCUUGGUUGUGGGGUUGCUCUUGGGGAUACUAUU